UGAGAGGAGAUGUAGGCAAGUUUGACACAAAGGUGUCAAAAGCUCAAACGUAUCUCCAGCACAAGCACAAGUAGUAGAUGCACUCAAUAAAUGACCUAGCAAACCAAAAAUUUCAUCUUAAAAACCCUAAUUCCCUUCUUUUCUCUCUUUCUUUAAACCCCUUAAUCGCAUCUUUCGCCUCCCCAAUCUUUUCGAUUCAAUUGGUUUCAAGUUUAGUAGGUGCCAAGUAGAUUCUCAAAAUUGAUUUGCGGCACUACAAGAUCUAUACCUGCAUUUGAAGAUCAGAGAGCAUCCAACAGAAGAUCAAGGAAACACACAAUUAAUUCUGUUGAAUUUUGUUCAAAAUGGAUUCACGAGAAUCAUUAGCACCACCGCCUUCACUACAGCAACACCACGCCCAUCACCAACAGCAGCAGCAGCCACCGCCCGGUAUGAACAUGAUGAUGCCACCAAACUCUUUCCCUACCCACCACCACCUAUCCAACAACUCAAACACCGCUUCAGCCAACAACAAUAAAAAUGCCAACAUGAUGAGUCCCAAUUCGAUGCAACAGCGCUUCCCCUUUAAUUCUCCUUCUAACCAAUACGGUGACGGAUCGUCUCCGUCCGGUGGGUUUAGGGCGGAUGGAUACAGCAUAGAACCCGUCAGGAAGAAGAGGGGUCGACCGAGGAAGUAUUCACCGUCUCCUGAUGGCAACAUUGCCCUCGGUUUGGCCCCUGCUCCGAUCGCUGCUAUUCCUACUUCUGCUGCUGGUGGUGGGAAUUUGGAUUCUUCAAACGAUGGCAGCGGUGGAACCCCAAAUGCGGAUUCAUCUGCUAAGAAAAACAGAGGAAGGCCAGCGGGUUCUGGGAAGAGGCAAUUGGAUGCUUUAGGUGCACCUGGUGUUGGGUUUACGCCUCAUGUCAUUAUUGUUAAAGCAGGAGAGGAUAUAGCCUCAACAAUUAUGGCAUUUUCACAACAAGGGCCCCGCACUGUUUGUAUUCUUUCUGCCAAUGGUGCCAUUGGUAAUGUCACUCUUCGCCAGCCUGCAACCUCUGGUGGCACUGUAACUUAUGAGGGCAGAUUUGAGAUAAUAUCUUUAUCAGGCUCCUUCUUACACUCAGAGAGCAAUGGCAACAACAGCAAACCUAGCGGAUUGAGUGUUUCUCUUGCUGGUUCAGAUGGACGGGUUUUGGGUGGUGGUGUGGCGGGGAUGCUGGUGGCUGCCUCACCCGUACAGGUUAUUGUUGGUAGCUUUAUUGCGGAUGCAAAGAAAUUAAAAUCUAGCGGUGGUCCAUCACCGGCAGCGGCACCACCAAACAUGUUGACAUUUGGUGGUGGUGGUGGUGGGGCGGUGCCUGGUAUAAGUCCUCCAUCUGAAGGCCCGUCAAGUGAAUCGUCUGACGAGAGUGGAAGCAGCCCUCUUCAACGGAUCCCUGGCUCCUACAACAAUUCUUCCCACCACCAGCACCAGCAACAGCAGCAGCAGCACCACCAGCCGCCGCCACAGCAGCAGCAGCAGCAACAGCAACAGCAACAACAGCCGAUGCAGAAUCUGCCCAUGUAUACAAACAUGGGGUGGCCAAGCUCCACCAUGAACAUGCUUCCCAAUCGAUGAUAAAUGAUAAAUGAUAAAUGGUAAAUUCUCAACAAGAAAUCUGACAUAAAAUGAUGAUGGCAAACAAUUCCAUCUCUUUUUCAAAAUUUCAAACUUCUUUUUUUCUUCCUUCUUUGUGUUCUUGAAUUGGUGAUUGAACAGAACAUGGUGGAUGGGUAGUUGUUGAUUAGCUUGAAAGCAGCGGAACAUCUUAGGAUAUGAUAAGAUAUGAGAUUGAUCUAUUAUCUGUUAGUGAAGUAUGAGUGAAACUUUGAAUUUAGGAAUGAAGAUUGAAUGUACUUGUAGAAUCAAUCUGUGUCUGUCUGUGGUUAUUCUUGUUUCAAUGUUUUACUUGAGUUUAUGUUCGGUUGACACAUAGUUAUGUAUAAUACAACAAUAAUUAGAGCUUCGUAUUUGACAUAAGGGUUUAUAUUGGAAAAUUCUUAUAUUGGCUG